GAUCCCCAGGUCCUGUUAUUUGUUUAUUAAAUUUGUAAUUUGUUUGUUAUUAAUAGACAAAUAAUAAAUAAUAUAUGUUUUAUCAAGAUACUAACAAUUGCUAUUUUCAAAUUAUAACAAUUUAUAAGUGAAAAUAAUUGAAAUUCCGACGUUUAAGCAAUUUUUAAACCCCAUUUCGAAAUACAAAAUCAUCCUAAAUGAUAGAUCUUAAUUCAGUAUUUGUUUUGGCUGAAACACUAGCCACAGAAAUAAAUACUAUUAAUCGUGAACAGGAAAGUAUAGAAUUAUUAAUUAUAUAUGGUUGCGUUGGAGUAGUAUUAUUCUAUGGAGUUUCUAGAUAUUUAGAUGUGAAGCCAGAAAUAGUGAGAACUAUUAAUAACAAUUAUUUCUUCUGAAUAUAAUAAUGGCAGCUCCUCCACAUCAUUUUAUGCAAAAUUUGAAUAACCCUCAGCCUACGGCGAUGCGUAGUUCGUUUGGACCAUCACCAAUGCAGACUCAGAUGGCUCCAGGGGGUAUGCAGACUGCCAUGCCAACGCAGAUGCCAGUGCAGCUGUCGAAUCCGAUGGGUAGUCCUAUGGUAUCACAAAUGAGCAAUCCGAUGAAUGGCACCUUGACGCCAAUGAAUCCCAGCAUGAACGGAGGCUCGCCAAUGUUAAGUCAGAUGAACCAGCACUACAACAUGAGCAGUCCAAUGAAUGGGGGGCAAAUGGGGCCUCAUCAACCCCCUACCCAAAUACCUAUGCAGUCAAGACCCAUGGAAUUUGCUCCUGCUUUGAAUCACCAUGAAAUGCCUCAACAAACUCCAACAGUUGCUCCAACACCUCCACCAGUUCCUGUUCAACAGCAACAACAACAACAGCAAGCCAAAGAGUUCAAUACUGCUUCUUUGUGUAGAUUGGGACAAGAGACUGUUCAAGAUAUUAUUAGUAGAACACAGGAAGUAUUUCAGACCUUGAAACAGAUUCAGCCUCCUAAUGGGACCCCCCAAUCCCUUAACACAAGCAACGAAAAGAAGGCCAAGGUUCAAGAACUUCUGCGCACAAUUAGAGUACUAUUCAAAAGACUGCGUUUGAUAUACGAAAAAUGCAAUGAAAUUUGCCAACUACAAGGAAUGGAAUACACACAUAUCGAAAGUUUGAUUCCGUUUAAAGACGAAUUAGAUCCGAAACACGACGAGAAGAAGAAUUCUGAAGCAUACCGGACAGCUUGCGAUGAGAGCAAGGAAGUGAUGGAGCAGGUUAUCUUAAAAAACAAGCAACUGAAAGAGGUUAUAGAUCAUUUGAGGCGUAUUAUUUGGGAGAUCAAUACAAUGCUCACUAUGAGGAAGUCAUAACAAUUCUCCAUGCAGUAGCAUAGCUGUGAAUAAACCUGUUUUGUAGUGAAAUUAACCAAACUUCACUUAGGCUUAUUUCGCACCAAGCAAGUCCAGUCCAGUCACGUCCAAUCCAGUCAGACGUUACAAGAUUCAAAAAUUUAAUGAAAAAUCCAUUACUUACUUACUUUCCGUGUCCGGAACACCAACAACUUUAAAUUCUGUAUUUCCAAUGGUUGGCCACAUAAAUGGCCCUGUCAUUUGCUAUAAUUAAGUCUUCUUCUGUGCAGGUCUCUCUCAUCUCUGUGCAUGAUAGUAGAUGCCGGCUGGUCUGAACCGCACCACAGUCGCAGGUAUCGUCCUCCUGGUAUCCCCAUUUUUUCAGGUUACUAGCACAACGUGAAACGCCGGUUCUUAGUCUGUUUAGCGCUUUCCAAGUUGGAUACGGUAAAUUGUGUCCAGCUGCCAUUUCCUCUGCGGGAGGAAAAUGUGUCACGGUAGCUGACGCUUGCCAUAGGUGUAUUCAGCGCGUCUCUGGCGCUUCGGGGAUGGAUCUUGAUGUUUUCAGGAAGCUUUUCCGAGAUCUUAGUUGCUUGGCUGAGUUUGGUGGUCAUAUAAGGGGCGUCUUCGGUCCUGCUUUUUUCGUUCUACCGCUGACGUGACCUUCAUCCUGAUAGGUGGUGGAGCAAUCCCAGCUAUGGGGUAUACCUCUUCGAUAGGUGUCGGUUUCAGGCAACCCGAUAUUAUACGAACCGUUUCAUUUAGAACCACGUCGACGUUCUUUGCGUGAGCAGAGUUUGCCCAUACUGGUGAUCCAAACUCCGCGGCCGAAAAACAUAAUGCUAAGGCAGAAGUGCGGAGAGUGUGUGGUUGUGCUCCCCAUUUUGUAUUAGUUAGCUUACGGAUGAUAUUAUUUCUGGCACUUACUUUCUUCUUGACAUCUAGAUACUGGUAUCGGUAAGACAGAGUUCUAUCCAGACGGACGCCAAGGUAUUUUGGCGUCUCGUUGUGUUCCAGCAUCUGACCACGCCAUUCCACCUCCAGCGGCCUUCGGGCAUGCUUGUUUCUAAGGUGGAAAGCACAUACCUGGGUUUUUGUGAGAUUGGGUUUCAGCUGGUUUUUAUCGUAGUAUAGAACUAAGUGUCCCAGGGCAUUUGUCAGUUUCACUUCGACUUCAUUGAAGGUUCUUCCCUGAGCUACCACAGCUGUAUCAUCAGCGUAAAUAAAUUGCCUUGUUUGUUGGUGUAUGGGUUAGUCGUUGGUGUAUAUGUUGUAUAGAAUCGGCGCGAGGACACUUCCCUGUGGUAGCCCGUUUUUUUGGUCCCUCCACCGACUGUUCUUGGACUGGAGCGUUACAUAGAAGCGUCUAUUCUGGAGGAGACAUUUCACUAAAUUUGUUAGUCGGAAAUCGUUUGUAGUUUCGUAGAGUUUUGCGAGUAGCCGUUGAUGGUUAACUGUGUCAUAGGCGGCAGUUAGGUCUAUGAACGCUACUCCUGUUAUUUCUUUCCGUUCAAAACCGUCUUCAAUAUGUUGGGUGAGAUUAAGAAUUUGACUGCAGCAGUACUUUCCGGGUCUGAAUCCUGCUUGUUCUGGAAUAAUUUAGUCUCCACAUAUUCAGCGAUCCGGUUCAGUAUCAUUCUUUUAAAUGCCUUGAAAAGGUGGCACAAAAGAGAGACAGGUCUAAAACUCUUUGUAUCCGCCGGAUCCUUCCCUGGUUUUAAGAGGGCUACCACUCUAGCUUUCCUCCAGAUUUUGGGGAUUUGUAAUGUACGGAUGCAGCAAUUCAUCAUUUUUACGAGCCACUCUACGGUUUUUAGUCCAAAGUUCUUUAUUUGUUCUGUUCGUAUGUCGUCCAGGCCAGCCGCUUUAUUAUCUUUCAUUUGAUGGAUCGCGCCUCUGAUCUCCUCUAGACAAAAAGAGGUACCUAGAACAUCCCUUUCUUCGUCGAUAUUCCGUUGAGCUCUCACCUUGUUCUUUCUUGAUGUUGUCUUACCGUUCAUUAGAAGACGAUGGGCUAUCUGAUCGGGUGUGACUUCUGUCAUGUUGACUGCCGGAGCAGCGGGAUCGUUGCCAAGAUUCCGAAUCAGCUUCCAGGCACGUCUGCUGUUUUGUUUCAUGUCCAGACUCGUGACCAGCUUGCACCACCUUUCCGUUCUGUUGGCGGAUAUCGCAUGUAACAUUUCCUCCCCAGCCUGUAUUGUUGCUUCCGAGAAAGGGUCUUCUUCAUAUAGCUGUUCAUAUCUUUUAAGUAGGGGUUUAGAUUCUUCAUUGGGCCCCGCUAUGUACUUAGUUCGAGAACCUCUUGGGAUAAAUUUCCGUGAUACUUGCUUUACAAUUUCUACAAAUUUAUCGUAUGAGUCAGGGCAAGGUUCUAGCUAGGAAACUUCUUGAUCCAAUGCUUCAGAGAAUUUUUCCCAUUUUGCGUUAGUAAAGUUGAACCUUCUCUUGAAAGGAAAAAUUUCGUAUCUGAUUGCCGCGCCGGAAAGACAAAUUAUUGGUCUGAAAAAAUCCUUUGUAAAAGGUAUACAUUUUUUUAUUAAAAUCCCUUUAAGGGCUACAUCACAGAACGUUUUCGAUUUUUAGCAAAAUAAUCAUCAGUGUUAAGAACAGGUUAAUUGCAAGCUGAGCCACCAAAGAAAUACCAGGGCGAGAACCCUUUAAAUGGUAUAAAAAUAUAUUAUAAGUUUCUGCUUCUCAUAUGUCUCCUCAGUCCAAAAUAGCAUUUGUUUUCUAGGAUUAUCCUUCGCUUGAUUUCUUCCGUCAUGACGUUUUCCUUGGCGAUCAGGGAGCCUUAGGGUAAGACCAGAACAAGUGGGUCUCGGUGGAGGUGGAGGUCGCGGUCGAUAUCCAUGUAAAACAAACACAUUGUAGUGAAUGGAAGAGAACAGAGCAGGUAAGUCGCGGUGGAGGUUUAGCGCGAUGCCAUCCAGGAGGUUUACAUCGAUGCUUUUGAAAAUAAAAUAAGUUUGUUUUACAUGGAUGUCUACUGCGCGACCUAGAAGGAUGCUUUACUGUGAUUGGUCCGUUCGAAGCCAAGUUGUCAUUACCUGCGCUAUCUGAGUUGAUACUUUUUAUAUAAUCCCUUUUUUGUUUUCAGUUUAUUUUUGAAUUUUUAAAGUAAUUAAAUUCAGUAAAUUUUUGAAGUAUGAAGGAAGAUCUGAUUAUUUACAGCUGACAUUUCGUCACGAUCAUCACUUGACUGACACAACAUCGCAAAAGCACAGUCUUUUUGUCAUUCAAAUUUCAUUAAACUACUUCACUUGAUAGUGGUUCUAGCUCGACUGACAGCGCAGGUGACCUCCUGCUAUGUGCUGUCGACAUCGACCGCGACUUAACUAGUAGCAUUCACCGUGACCUACACCUCCACCUCGACCCACUUGUUCUGUUCUUACCCUUAGUAUGUGAAUUCCAUUCCUUCCGUGUCCAUUACUUCAAAGGUAGAGUUAUUGACCGUGAAUUGGUGACCGAUGUUUCUGGCUCUAUAGUUGGUUUUUGAUGCCAUCAUCUUAGUUUUCUCCUCAUUUACUUGUUGGCCCAUAUUUUUUGAGGCAUUUGAGAAGUUGGUAUACAUUUCUUCUAGCUUGCGUGUUGUGCGGGCAACGACAAAUUCUAGUUUGAACAACUACAACCAUUUUUAACCACAUGUGUCUCUACAUUGAUGACUCGACAGGACUGGAAUCGAUUGGACUCACUUGGUGCGAAAUGAGCCUUAGAGUCAUCCGAUUGAACGUUAAUAUCAGGUCGAGUACCAAAAAUUUAAUUAUUUUAUACCAAGAAAAAGUUUUUAUGUUUAACUAAUUGCCUAGGGCAAAACUUUUAUUACAAUACUCAAGGACUUAUAACAUGAACGAAUAUCUUCCUAUUUUAGUAGCACUUAGUCAACAUGAAACCUCAAUUUUUUUGCCAUUCAAUUUUCAUGUCAUUAUUGAUAUAAUCGUUGUCCUGAAAAGUUCGUAGGCUAACAGAAAAAAAAAUUUUUGAUCAAAUUUAUUUUAUUAUUCCAUAUUAAUUCAAAUUUAGUUACCUUCGAGGGCGAUACAACAAUAUAGCGGUCAUACAACUUUUCAAUACCAUUUUUAUUCAAAAAUUUUUACUGAAGCAUUCUCUUGAGGUCAGCGAACAGGUGGUAGUCGCUGGGAGCCAUAUUAGGUGAAUACGGUGGCUGCGAAAGAAAUUCGAAGCACAAUUCAUGAAAUUUUACCAUCGUUUUCAUUGAUUUGUGACACGGUGCGUUGUCUUGAUGAAAUAGCACUUUCUUCUUCAAAUCGGGCCGUUUUUUCUCGAUUUCUUCCUUCAGACGCUCCAAUAACGUAAUGUAAUAGUCGCUGUUAAUAGGUUUUUCCCUUGUCAAGACAGCCGAUGAAUAUUAUACCACGCGCAUCCCAAGUCCCAUACUGAUGUCAUAAUCUUGCCAGCUGACUGUUGCGUCUUUCCAAGCUUUGGAAUCGGUUCACGUUCAGUCCACACGGGUGAAUGACGAUUGGACUCCGGUGUGAAGUGAUGGAGCCAUGUUUCAUCCAUUUUAUCAUAUCGAUGCAAAAAUUCGGUUUUAUUACGAUUUAACCAUCUUCAAACACUUCUCAGAAUCAUCAAUUCGUUGUUGUUUUUGAUAGAUUGUGAGCUCUCGCGUCACCCACUUUGCACAGAGCUUUCGUCUACAUAAAUAUUCAUGCACAAUAUAUCCAACAAGUUCCUUUGAUAUCUUUAGAGUCUCAGCUAUCUCGAAUAACUUCACUCUACUCUCUCUUGUCGUUUCCCCAUUACUGAGGAUCGUGAUUUCUUCCAAUAUUCCUAACAAUGUUUCUCCAUUGGUCUCUAUCUUCAGCUGCUCUAAGAGCUUCGCAGAAUGAGUUUCCAGCUGAAUUCUUUAUUUGGUCGGACCAUCUAGUUGGUGAUCGUCCUCUUGAUCUUCUCCCCGGAACGUUUCCAGAAACAAUUAAUCUCUCCAAUCUGUCGUCACCUCUGCGAACCACGUGACCAAAGAAUUGCAGUAUUCGUUGCAGACAUAUUGUGGACAGCCUUUUUUUAAUCUUGAGUUGGUUUAGAAUGGAAACGUUUGUCCUAUGAGCUGUCCAAGGUAUGCGCAGCAUUCUUCUCCAGCACCACAUCUCAAAGGCAUCAAUUCUUUGGCGCUCGCAUGCGCGAAGAGUCCAAGUCUCUGCUCCGUAUAGAAAUAUUGAGAAUACAAGGGCAUUCACCAGUCUCAUCUUGAUAUUUUGAGAGAUAGAUAUGUCUUUCCAAACUUUAGUUAGGCGACUCAUCGCAUUUUUUGCCAUACCAAUACGUCUCCGAACUUCUGCUUCACAGUUACGAUCGUUAGUUAUACUAGACCCGAGAUUGACAAAGGUGUUUACUAUCUGGUAUUCCUGUAACAUGUUAGUCAGUUGAAUAGUGUCGAAUCUGUCGACCACCAUUAUUUUUGUCUUAGCUUUAUUGAUUUUCAGACCAACUUUAUUGCUUUCGUACUCAACUCUUCGCAGAAGAUCAAACAUUUCUUGCUCAUUUGCUGCUAUAAGUGUAGUGUCAGCAGCAAAUCUUAAAUUGGAGAUUUUCCUACCAGCUACUGAUACUCCACCGGCCCAUCCUUCACUCUACAACUCUAUAGUCAUCCAAAAUUAUUUUGUUGACUUUUUUAUGUUUUCGUUAGUAGCAGACUCUUUGGGGCAUCCACUGCGUGCAUCGUCCUCUGUACUCAUUUCGCCUCGUUUAAACCUAGCAAAUCACUUUGCUAGCUCAAUGGUUGAUUUUCCUGGUGCAGAGUCCGAAUAAUGUUUAUCAAGCCAAGCCUUGGCUUCAAGAGUAUUUUUUUUCGCCAAAAAGCAAUGCUUUAUAAAGACCCGAAAUUCCCAUUUUUUUAAACUAUCACAUGUUGCUUCACUCAUCUCAUAAACUAAUAGUUUGACAGCUGUCAAAUUUAUACACGCAUCUUUUGAAGUUUAGGGCUGACUAAAAAUCAUAUAGAUUUAAUACCAGUAGUGCCAUUUAUGUGUCAGCCUACGAACUUUUAAUCCGACCUGUUAUGUCACUGUUAUUAACAUAAUUUCUUCAAUUAUUGGUAAUUUUUGUGCUAUUGCGGCCUUAUCAGUUAAAAUCUAUUAGUUUUUAUAUAAUAUUUUCAUAUAAUUUUUAUUAAUUUUUUGAGAUAGGUAUAUCUAUAUCUUAGAAUUUAGAAUAAUAUUCAGGUUAAUUUUUAAACUUUUCUUUUCUCGUCCAUUAUAUUAAACAUAUUUAUACAUCUUUAUGCCUACAUAAUAUGUAGGCAUAACGAUGUAUAAAUAACGAUAACAUUUUUCAGCAAUAAUGAUACAAAAUGACCUAUUUCGACUAUUUACUGACCUAGUUGGCAUAUUAUGCCAUAGGUCAUUUUGUAUCAUUAUUGCUGAAAAAUGUUAUCGUCUUAUCUCCAGAAAAGUGAAUCUAUAUUCUAUAGAAAAUAAACACUGAUAAUAAUGAAUCACCUAAAUGUACCUAUUUCUACUUUGACUAUGAUUACUUUAUUAUUAAUUAUAAUUAUGAUAUUUAGAAUUAAUUUUAAUGCCAUUAUCCACUAAACCAUAUACACUAAGCAUGAAAAUUAACGCACCACCUUAAAAAUGGGACAUUUUUGAUGUCUCGUAUUUCCUAAACCUGUUGUCCGAUUUGAGUGAUUUUUUAGUAUAUUAUAGCUUUGUUUUUUAAGAAAAUAGACGUUAUUAUAUUAUUGCUAAACAGGUAAGUGUCAUUGUAUACCGGGUGUAACAAUGAUAGUGUGUUUUUUCCUCAAAGUUUGGAGCACCCUGUAUAUUCUAGCGUAUAUAAAAUAUUGAAAUUAAAAUUCAACUGUAGCCUUAGGCUUUCUUAAUAUUUUGCUUUUUGAUUCAUUCGCUUAUAUUGGAUAAUAAACAAGUUAGGUACUUUAACAACUAGCAAUUUUAUUCAUCACUACAGGGUGUUUCUAAAUAAGUGCGACAAACUUUAAGGGGUAAUUCUGAAUGAAAAAAGAAUGUCCGUUUUCUUUAUAAACAUAAAGGCGGAAAUACAUAUCCGCGCCGCGAACUCCACGCCGUGUGUGCGCCGCGCGUUCGUGGCGCGGUUAUUGUUCGUUAAAAUUUUUCAUUUUGACGAUCCAGAGGAAACUUACGAACGUUUAGUAAUUGUAGAUAAUCAUGUCUCUGUCCUGUACUUCUACUACAUCUUAUUUUGGUAUUGUUCUGAAACUAUUUUCUUGUGUCAUCUUAUGCAAUUUACUAUUUUAUGUGGAAUAAGCCACAGUUUGGGAACAUUUCGGGAACUACCUUUUUCGCUUCCUGGCAACACAAAUAUAAUGGUAGGGGAGCCCAAGCGGGGAUUUUUGCAGUUACUCGAGCGCGUCAGAUUAUCAUAUGGGGAGAAACGUGGUACCCUGCAGAUGUACCUUCACCAUAUAUUGGCUCUUAACACAGGGGAGUUCGUUCAGGGGGGCCCGAAAAAAAAUCUAUCCUUAAAAUAUUCGAAAUUGUCAGAUUAAGAUAAGGUAAGUACAUGCAAAAGAGUCUAUAUUUCAAAAAUAUGACGAUUUGAGCGGGGCGUACGAAAAUGGGUGAGUCAAAAAGUUUCACAAAAAAAAGCGAAUAUUUCGCGAAAUGAACGUCAGAUUGAAAAACUAAAAACUACGUGUUCAAUAUUUUUCAAAAAUCUAUCGAAAAAUACCAAACUUGACCCCCCACGGAGAGGGGUGGGGGGUAAAUUUAAAAUUUUAAAUACAAAUCCCGCGAUCUUUCGCAAAAUAAACAUCAUAUCGAAAAACUGCAAAGUACACUUUAUCAAUGUUUUUGAAAAAACUAUCGAGUGGUUCCAAACACGACCUCCCACGGAGGUGAGGUGGGGGGUUACUUUAAAAUCUUAAAUGGUAGACCCCGUUUCUUAUUGCAGAUUUGGAUUGUUUGUAUAAAAAUAAACAACUUUUAUUCGAAACAUUUUUUUGAAUUAUGGAUAGAUGGCGCUAUAAUCGGAAAAAAGAUUGUUGGAAAUGGAAAAUUAAAUUAAAAAAUGGGAAGUCCCCACUAAAAUGGAAAAUUUUACUUAACUUUUUUGGUUUUAGGACCUAAUAAUCAUAGCCCAAUAGGUCGCCAAAGCGCUCGAGUGACUGCACAUUUAGCAUACUUUGCUCCCCUACCAUAAUAUAUCUGCUUGUUCCUACAACCCGAAACAAAAUUAGAGAACUAUAGGUACUUCCAAGUCAUGCGAUACCUUUUUCGUUUUCCGGUGACCCAAUUAUAAUAUAUCUGCUUGUUAAAACUCAGUUGCUUUACCAGAAGCGAAGUUAGGAAACUAUAGGCUCUUCCAAGAUGUGCGUGACCUUUUUCGCUUUCCGACGACACAAUUAUAACAUAUCUACUUGUUCCAACUCCGUUGCUUCACCAGAAGCGAAGUUAGGAAACUAUAGGCUCUUCCAAGUUGUGCGUUACCUUUUUCGUUUUCCGGUGACCCAAUUAUAAUAUAUAUGCUUGUUCCAACUACGUUGCUUCACCAGAAGCAAAGUUAGAGAACUAUUGGGUCUUCCAAGUUGUGCGUUACCUUUUUGGCUUUCCGGUGACCCAGUUAUAAUAUAUCUGCUUGUUCCAACUACGUUGCUUCACCAGAAGCGAAGUUAGAAAACUAUUGGGUCUUCCAAGUUGUGCGUUAGCUUUUUGGCUUUCCGGUGACCCAAUUAUAAUAUAUCUGCUUGUUCCAACUCAGUUGCUUCACCAGAAGCGAAGUUAGGAAACUAUAAGCUCUUCCAAGAUGUGCGUUACCUUUUUCGCUUUCCCACGACACAAUUAUAACAUAUCUACUUGUUCCAACUCCGUUGCUUCACCAGAAGCGAAGUUAGGAAACUAUAGGCUCUUCCAAGUUGUGCGUUACCUUUUUCGUUUUCCGGUGACAUAAUUAUAAUAUAUCUGCUUGUUCCAACUCCGUUGCUUCACCAGAAGCGAAGUUAGAAAACUACUGGGUCUUCCAAGUUGUGCGUUACCUUUUUGGCUUUCCGGUGACCCAAUUAUAAUAUAUCUGCUUGUUCCAACUCCGUUGCUUCACCAGAAGCGAAGUUGGAAAACUAUUGGGUCUUCCAAGUUGUGCGUUACCUCUUUCGUUUUCCGGUGACCCAAUUAUAAUAUAUCUGCUUGUUCCAACUCCGUUGCUUCACCAGAAGCGAAGUUAGAAAACUAUUGGGUCUUCCAACUUGUGCGUUACCUUUUUGGCUUUCCGGUGACCCAAUUAUAAUAUAUCUGCUUGUUCCAACUCUGUUGCUUCACCAGAAGCGAAGUUAGAAAACUAUUGGGUCUUCCAAGUUGUGCCUUACCUUUUUCGCUUUCCGGUGACACAAUUAUAAUAUAUCCGCUUGUUUCAACUGCGUUGCUUCACCAGACACGAAGUUAGAAAACUAUAGGUUCUCCAAGUCGUGCGUUACCUAUUUCGCUUUCCGGUGACACAUAAUUAUGAAUGUUUUUUUGAUAUUGAUAACUAUUUCCGAAGUGAAAGUCGAAAGGUCAAGUAAACUUGAUUUCAAACUCGAAUUGUGGCUUAUGCCCAAAUAAAAUAAUAAAUCUUAUUUUUAAUACAUGUUAUUUUUAGUACAACAAUGAACUAACAUUUUUUAAAAAGGUCCGCAUGUACAUUUUUUUAUUUCAGCUUCUAUUUCCGUUCAGAUCGGAUUUAAGUCGUUUCUUUAAAUUAAAUGGUUCUUUAUUGAGGAUCCCACAAUAAUGAUUUUCCACGGUAAACAUCAAUUUCCUUCCGACCAUUCCAUUACUAACAAAUAUUCAACUCAUGCGCGCCAAAACCAACAAACCACUCGCAAACCCGUCCAAAUACGUAUUGCGAACCAUCAAAGCGUUUGUUGAAAAACCGACAGAAUUUAGAUCGUGGUGCGCCGUGUGCGUGCCGUUUGUGCGUCACUUGAAAACACGUACUAAUCUGACGAAUACGCUGCGCGCGAGCGGCUCGCACACCGAGCAGAGCGCAUAUGCAUCUCCGCCUUAAUAUGUCCGCAAAUGCUUUGUUUCCAAGAUACGGGAUGUUGAAUUUUUUCUUCCAAACUGACGAUUUAUUUAUUGCUCUAAAAUUGGUUGAGAUAUGCAAAUGAAAUUUGGUAGGUUUUAAGAGGUAGUUAGUACGCAUUUUUUAACAUACAAUUAAGAAUUUUAUAUUCACCAUUGGCGUGCAUAUGGAUAUAAACAUUUUAGAUACAUCCCGUAUGCACGCCAAUGGUGAAUAUGAAAUUCUUAAUUGUAUGUCAAAAAAUGCGCAAUAACUACCUCUUAAAACCUGCCAAAUUUUAUUUGUAUAUCUCAACGGGUUUUAGAGCAGUAAAUAAAUCGUCAGUUUGUAAGAAAAAAUUCAACAUCCCGUGCCUCGGAAACGAAACAUUUGUGGACAUAUGUUUAUAAAGUAAACGGUCAUUAUUUUUUCAUGUAAAAUUACCCCUUAAAGUUUGUCGCACUUAUUUAGAAACACCCUGUAUUGAUGAAGAACAUGGCUAGUUGUUAAAGUACCUAACUUUUUUAUUAUCCUACAUAAGCGAAUAAAUCAAAAAGAAGAAUAUUAAGAAGGCCUAAGGCUACAGUUAAGUUUAAAUUUCAAUAUUUUAUAUACGCUAGAAUAUACCACAGGGUGUUCCAAACUUUGAGGAAAAUACACACUAUCAUUGUUACACCCGGUAUACAAUGACACUUACUUGUUUAGCAAUAAUAUUAUUACAUCUAUAUUCUUGAAGAAUAAAGCUAUAAUAUACUAAAAAAAUUGCUCAAAUCGGACAACAGGUUUAGGCAAUACGAGAUAUCAAAAAUGUCCCAUUUUUAAAGCGUUAAUUUUGAUGCUUAGUGUAUGUUACGUUUUUCGUUAUGUUAAGAUGUGUAAAAUUUUAUAUUUGUAAUUAUUGUAUUAAUAUUUUUGGUCAUUUGUUAAUAAAUAAAUAACUAGAA